AUGCAGCCUAUUCCCUGCAGUAACUGCACUUGCUGUAUGCCCAAGGCCAAGGCCAUUAAGAAGUUCGUCAUUCGCAACAUAGUGGAGGCCGCAGCCGUCAGGAACACCUCUAAGGUGAGUGUUUCAGAUGCCUACAUGCUUCUCAAGCUGUAUGUGAAGCUACAUUAUUGUGUGAGUUGUGCCAUUCACAGCAAGGUGGUCAGCAAUCAGUCUUGUGAGGCCUGCAAGGAAUGGACACCACCACCCUGA